GGUGCGCUGCCGCCCGAUGAACCAGCGCGAGCGGGAGCUCAGCUGCCAGCCCGUGGUGACGAUGGACUGUGCGCGCGGCCAGUGCUUCAUCCAGAACCCGGGAGCCGCCGACGAGCCCCCCAAGCAGUUCACCUUCGACGGCGCCUACCACACGGACCACGUCACCGAGCAGAUCUACAACGAGAUCGCCUACCCGCUGGUGGAGGGCGUCACUGAAGGCUACAACGGCACCAUCUUCGCCUACGGCCAGACGGGCAGCGGAAAGUCGUUCACCAUGCAUGUGCGGAGAACACCAAGUUCCUGGUCCGGGCCUCCUACCUGGAGAUCUACAAUGAGGAUGUCCGUGAUCUGCUGGGGGCCAACACCAAGCAGAAGCUGGAGCUGAAGGAGCACCCGGAGAAGGGUGUGUACGUGAAGGGGCUGUCCAUGCACACGGUGCACAGCGUGGCCCAGUGCGAGCGCGUCAUGGAGACGGGCUGGAAGAACCGCUCGGUGGGCUACACCCUCAUGAACAAGGACUCCUCACGCUCACACUCCAUCUUCACCAUCAGCAUCGAGAUCUACGCUGUGGACGAGCGGGGCAAGGACCACCUCCGGGCGGGCAAGCUGAACCUGGUGGACCUGGCAGGCAGCGAGCGGCAGUCCAAGACGGGCGCCACGGGGGAGCGGCUCAAGGAGGCCACCAAGAUCAACCUGUCGCUGUCGGCGCUGGGCAACGUCAUCUCGGCGCUGGUGGACGGCCGCUGCAGGCACAUCCCCUACCGCGACUCGAAGCUCACCCGGCUGCUGCAGGACUCGCUGGGCGGCAACACCAAGACGCUGAUGGUGGCCUGCCUGUCGCCCGCCGACAACAAUUACGACGAGUCCCUGAGCACGCUGCGCUACGCCAACCGGGCCAAAAACAUCAAGAACAAGCCGCGCAUCAACGAGGACCCCAAGGACGCGCUCCUCCGCGAGUACCAGGAGGAGAUCAAGAGACUGAAGGCCAUCCUGGCCCAGCAGAUGGGCCCCACGGGCCAGCCAGCCCUGCUGUCCAGCCAGGAGCCCCUAAACCCUGACCAGGGCGGGGAGAAGCUGCUGCCCCCACCUGUGACCCAGCGUGACGUGGAGGCUGAGAAGCAGCUGAUCCGGGAGGAGUAUGAGCAGCGCCUGGCCCAGCUGAAGGCCGACUAUGAGGCGGAGCAGGAGUCCCGGGCCCGGCUGGAGGAGGACAUCACGGCCAUGCGCAACUCGUACGACAUGAAGCUGUCCACGCUGGAGGAGAACCUGUGGAAGGAGACAGAGGCCGUGUUGAAGGCAGACGUCCUCUACAAGGCGGAGGCCAUGUGCAGGGCAGAGUUCGCCAGCCAGGCCGAGUUGGCGCCCACUUUCCAGUACGAGCUGGCGGGGAGGCCCGAGGUGUUCUCUGUGCCCUACUCGCUGCCCGCUGCCGCCGGCCCCGAGGUGGACGGCCCCGUCCAGUUCGAGGAGCUGCCCAAGGUGGAGGCUUCCAAGUCCGAGACGUCCUUCUGGUCCAGCGAGUCAUCUGCCUUCGACAAGGCCUCCCUGUACGAGGUCUUCCCCGGGCCCCCCGAGUUCCCCGAGCCCGCCCACCUGGCGCUGUCUGCGCCCGGGAUGGAGUCCGAGGGCAAGUUCUUCCCGCCCGAGUAUCUGGGGCCGGAUGCUGGGCCCUGGCCCGAGGACGGCGACCUCCGGGAAGACGAGGUCCUGCACAUGCUGCCCGGCCUGCAAGACCCGUUCGCUGAUGUGGAAGCCAAGCUGGCCCGGCUCUCCUCGUCCAGGGCCAGGACAGACUGGCCCCAGCCCGCCGCGCCGGAGGUCCCGUCGCAGCUCCUGUCUCCCACAGACCUGUCAGAGCCCAGUGACACCAGCUCAGGCAUCGAGGUGGCCGAUGACCUAGCUCCCAGGGCCGGGGCUGACCUGGCCCUGGACACGGCCACCAAGGCGAUGUCAGCAGCAGAGCCUGGAGCGUGGGCGGAGGCCGAGCCCCAGGUGGCUGUGGCGGCCCCAGCCAGCGUGAGGAGGGUGAGCGCGGGUGUGGAGGUGGCCGUGCUGACCGACGACCUGCCGCCCAUCGUGGACCAGCAACAGGUGCUCGCCCGGCUGCAGCUGCUGGAGCAGCAGGUGGUGGGCGGGGAGCAGGCCAAGAACAAGGCCCUGAAGGAGAAGCACAAGGGGCGGAAGCGCUACGCGGACGAGCGCAGGCGGCAGCUGGUGGCGGCGCUGCAGAGCUCGGAGGAGGACGGCGGGGAGUGGGUGCUGCUGCACGUCUACGACUCCAUCCAGGAGGAAGUGAGGGCCAAGAGCAAGCUGCUGGAGAAGAUGCAGAGAAAGCUUCGGGCGGCGGAGGUGGAGAUCAAAGACCUGCAGUCGGAGUUCGAGCUGGAGAAGAUCGACUACUUGGCCACCAUCCGGCGGCAGGAGCGCGACUCCAUGUUCUUCCAGCAGCUGCUGGAGCAGCUGCAGCCCCUCAUCCGCCGGGACUGCAACUACAGCAACCUGGAGCGGAUCCGGCGCGAGUCCUCCUGGGACGAGGAUAACGGCUUCUGGAAGAUCCCGAAGCCCGUCAUCCUGAGAACCAGCCUCCCAGUAGCAGUCCCCACUGGGCCCCAGAACAAGGUGGCCCGCAAAACAUCCGCAGCAGACAGUGGCGAAGCAGACGUGGAAGAAGACCGCUACAGGGAGAUGCUCAGUCGGAGCGACAGUGAAAAUAUCGCCAGCAACUACUUCCGGUCCAAGCGGGCCAGCCAGAUCCUCAGCACGGAUCCCAGGAAGAGCCUCAGUGAGCGCCCCUCACCCCAGGCUGGGAGAGCGCACCACAACUCGCCGCCGGGCCUCAGCUCCCCGCUGGGCAACAGCUCUGCCCUCCUGCCUGCCCAGGUGCCCGAGACGCCCCAGCCCCGGCCCUUCCGCCUCGAGUCCCUGGACAUCCCCUUCGCCAAGGCCAAGCGGAAGAAGAGCAAAAGCAGCUUUGGCACGGAGCCCCUGUGACACGCUGCCCGCUGCGACCCGGCCCCCAGGGCAGCCCCCACAGAGCCCUGGGGACACGCGCUCCCUUCCCCAUUCCCCAGAGUCCCCCCGCUGCAGGGCCAGGAGCCCAGCGGCGGGGCUGCCCUCCGGGAGAGG